UUUGCAAUUCAACUACACCGUGCUUCCGUUUAUUUCCAAAUACCGCGAUUCUGCUAUCAGUGCCCAGGUAUAGGAUAAUGGAGGAGCUUUUGAGUACCCUUGACAAAUUGAAGCUGCAUGAAGAAAGCACCAGUGAAACCAACCUGGAUAAACUUUUAGAUCUGUUAUCCAAUGAGGAAGAAGAUGAUGCAGAAAAAGUGUUUAAGGAGCUUCUCCAGUCAGGCCUCCUUUCUGAAUUGCAUCAUGUUUUAACACAAGAUACUAAGAACAGUAAGAUCAAGGCAGCCCAGGUGGUGGCGGAGGUGGCUAAAGAAGAGAGUAUGCGGACCCCCUGUGUAGAGGCAGGCUUGAUUUCACCUUUGUUGCAGCUGCUAGAGAAGGAGAAUGUUGCUGCCUGUAUUCAGUCUUGCAGGGCACUGGGCAACAUUUGUUUUGACAAUGACACUGGGAGAGAUGCUAUGAAGGAAGCAGGGGGUCUGGCAAAGCUUCUGGAGUUUAUGAAAUAUCACCUGAGCACAACAGGAGAGCAAGAAAGUGAAUUGAGGAUGAUUCUUUGUGGCUGCCUAGUUAAUCUGACCAAUGCAAAUGAAAGCUUGCAGCUAUUGGCACUAGAGAGUGGAGCCCUUGAGCUUCUUAACCAGUACAUCAAGAGUUUCCAGGAUGAGAAAGAUGUUAUACAAAUGGCCCUUUUGUGUGUGGACUGCUUGGCAGACACAGACAAAGGUAAAGAGCUUCUUGAGAAGAUACCCCUGGUUUCCUCGCUGACUGAGCUGUUGGAUAUUGAUAGUAGUCAGGAACAGAAGGAAACUGUGCUAGAUGCACUAGCCACAAUGGCCGAGUCAGAUGCUGUUAAAAAAGAACUGGCUGCCACAAAAGCGGCCAAACAUUGCACAACUAUCCUAAAGGAAAAAUGUAAACUGAGGGAUGACAAAAGUCAGCAGUUACUCAAACUGGCAGCAGACUUGCUUAUAUUGAUCCUUACUGGAGAUGAGAGUGUAGAGAUAUUGUACAAUGAUGGGGAGGGAGAGAUUUAUAAGGAAACGCUCUCUUGGUUGAAGACGGGUAAUAUUGUCCUCCAAACUACAGCUGCUUUGGCCAUAGGGAACUUUGCGAGAAGUGGAGAAGCCAGUCGUAUGUUAGCCUGGAUGAUAAAGAAUUCCCGUAGGACGGAGGUAGCUUCUACUGUGUUGGAAUGUGGUGGACUUCCAUACUUGGUGCAGAUGAUUGUGUCAGAGCAUACAGUCAUGCAGAUGGAGGCAUUGGUUGCACUGACACUAAUUUCAGCACUUAUCAUAGGGCCUGCCGAGGAACAGCUCCUGGCCUCUGACCUUAUCACCAACCUAGGCCAGAUAUUGACUACUGGUGAUACUAAAAUGGAGAUCAUUCACAAUGCGUGUACCUUGCUGGGGAAAUUGGGAACAUCUGAACCAAUAAGAGCCAAGAUAGAAGAACAAGGUAUUCUGGAACAUCUUCCUGAGCUGGAGAGGAAGUCUUCGCAGUCGGGCAUACCAGCCCGGGCCAAGAUGCUCACCAAGCAACUCAGUACAGACCAAAUGCCUAUGAGCCCAUAGAGCUGUAACACACCUAUAUUUGAGUUGUCUCAAUUUGCACAUUUUAAAUAUUUUGACAAGAUAUGUUCCAAAAAGGGAAAAAAAAUUUUAAACACUUAGUCAAAUAUUGCAUUUUUUUAACGAUCCCAACAUUUGUCUUUCUUUUUUGCAUUUAAACCCAUUUGAUAAUACCUCUUUGUUUUUUUAAUUGUGUCCUAUUAAUGGGCAUUCUAUUUUUUGUCUCCUUUUCAUUUUGGAAGAAUUAUUCAUUCCUGAUGUGUAUCAGUUUAGAGUGAAUAAGCUUAGAAUUUUAAACAAACAUUAAGUAUAUAAUCAACUUCUUGUUGAACUUAUCUGAAGACAAGUAUUACUUUUUGAUAAUUUUUAACAGGUAAAUGCCAUGAACUUAUAUUGCAAAAGAAAAGAAACAUAAAAUUUACCACCUGAAAAACAUAAUGCCUGCUAUUCAUCCUGACACAGUUUUAUAUUGUGCAGAUUCCAGAAAUAAGUACAAAAAUUGAGCUUACAGUUAUGGCGGAAUUUGAAAAACCAUCGCUUAAGCAUGGAUUAAUUCAAUUAUCCGAGUUUGUUACUGAGUUGUGACCAGUGUCUGAAAACAAGGAUCAAGGUUGGUUAGUCAGAGAAAAACACCAUUUACCCCAGGAGAUUUUGUUUUGGAAAAUUCUACACAGUGCACCUUUAGCACUGUCUGGACCUUGUUUUUUAUCUGGUGUGAUUGUAAAUUAGACCUACAUGUAACAGUAAUCUUGUAUAAAGAUUAUAUUGAUAUUAAGACUAAUACAUAACCAGGACUUAAUUUUACUCUGCAUAUGUGGAAAUGAAUGCCAAUUAUGAUUUGCCUAAUAGGUGUGAAAUAUCUUGGUAAGACAGUACAGGGUAUUGAGAAAUAUAUAUAUAUAUAUCAUAGAUGGUUUGACCAAACUAAAUAAAUUUUUAUCAUUUUCAUAAGUGCAUCCUACAGCUAAGUUUUGUUUUAGUGCAGCACACUGUGCUAGAAAGUAUAUUUCUUAAAUAUGUAUUAUUUUGUGGAUUUAGCAUUAUUUUAAUUAGAUAACUCCUUUAAAAAAAUGGAUUAAAUGAUAUAUUAAAUGAAAUAUAAUGAUCAGAUGUAUGUAAACCUCCUUUUAGCAGGUACUCAGAUAUUAUCUGGUUUGUAGUUUUUGCAAUAUAUAGGUGAGUUCAUUAUAGUAGUAAUACGCAAUAUUAUCUAAAUGUGACUAAUCUGGUGUGCUUGGCCUAAAUGGCUGCAUGCAGGAAUGUUAACUGCUUUGGAAAAAAAAGCAUUUUUGUGUUUUUUAAAAGGUGCAAAUUUUGCACCUAUUGUUAAUGAAAAUAACCAAAAACUUUUCUCACAAAGUGAGAAAUUAAUGUUUGAUCAGUAUUGCAAUUUUGCCAUUAUGUCAUGAUAGCACUCUUCUAAUCAUGUUCAAAACUUGGAAGUCUUUAACAAAAAUAACAGUGUGUCUCAAUUUUUAUCAGAAAAGUGUGCCAGGUAGUUAAAGAGUACUUUUCCAAUGAAGUUGUACGAUAUUAAUUAUACUAGUACUUAUUAAAACAUCAUUGCUGACAGACCACGUAUCUCAGGUGAAGUCAUUUGGUUAUGUGAAGGACUCUAGAAAAAAAUAUUAACUUGGUGCUAUACAUUAGACAUAGUCUUUAACUGGAGUGUAAACCAGGCUGACUCUGAACCACAGGUGUGCAAUUUUAAGGUCAAGUUCUUUGCCAUGAUGCUAUUUGAUGACCAUCGUGUGUCAGUGUCAUUAUUCCUUAUUGUAAUUAAUUAAUCCAUGAUUAAUCAUUAUACAUUUUUCAUAUUGAUGGCAUAAACAUGUACUUCUGUA